CGCAUGUAAUAUUCUACUCUUUGUACCGUGGCGGCGGUACUUUAUUGGAAUGCAAUCUGAUUUAAUUGUGGAGCUCCGACUCCGCUAAACUCUUCUCCGGUGCAUGCUGGAUUAAUAACCGAGCCCCUUAACGUUUGCAGUAUCCAAUCAGCGCUGUCAAUGCAAGUGGUUGACCGUGGCGAUGCUACGAGCGAGGCUAGACAGGCAGUAUGGCGGAGGAGGGCAGUGUGUACGAGUUAGAGGGGCUCGAAAAACAAUUAGAGAGUUUGUUGACCCGCUACUCAAGUGAUGAAUUGCGAGCCAAUAGUAAACUGUUCUGCUCCGACUUUUGCAAGCUAGUGGAGGAGUAUGCCUCUCGCUGGCAGGUGCCGCUGCCUCAGCUCAGGAUCCUUGAGAUAGCUCUCUGCUAUUUCGCUCGAGCCUGCACCUUCUUUCCAUCAAACUGUGAUCAUGUGCUCCACACACUCAGUAGUCUGGCUUUGAGUCUUUUUGAGUUGCUGCUGUUCUUUGACCAGAAGGACUUCCACCAGGAGCCACUGAAACAGUUCACCGUUACAUUCCAGGAAUGUCACCAGUUGGCCCUUGGGAGGCUUCAGAAUGUCCACUUACUUCAGGUGGAGCGUUUGGUUCGGGGCGGCGGGCCCUGGGCCGUCCCAGCCCUACAGGCAAUCCUCAGUGAGUCCAAUUUACCUCAGAGUGAAGUGGAUGGGUGCAUCAGCUCCGAGAUGCCGGUGUUCUUUGAGCUCCGGGUGCACUACCUGUUAUCCUGUGAGCGGGUCAGUGAGGCUAUGGCCCUGGCUAAGUGUUGUGCUCGGAAUCCCACAGCAGGACAACACUUGUUUUUCCUCCAGGUCUACCUCACGUGGCUUUUCAAAACUUCACAGCAUGACCUCCUACAUAAAGAGGUGGCUGAAUUAAAUGGUAAAGAUGCGAUUCACAUCAUCUGCAGUUUGGAGUGUGAGGAAAAGGACGAGUUGCUACUCGCCCUCAGUAGAGCCUUCCUCUCCCAGCAGCUUCGCAGGGGAGACAUGUACUAUUUGUGUGAUCUUGUCUUCAUAUGGAGUAAACUUCAUAGUCGGUUGAAUACAUCCAAGAACGCUCUCCUUGGGGAGAGUCAUCAGCUGAUGCUGUCUGCGACCAAUGUCAACUCAAUCUUCCCAUUCAUCAGAGCCAUAUUGCAAGAGCUGGGUGAAGAUGGUAUCCAGUUCUGCGUGGAGCUUUGUGCCAAUGCUCUGGGGUCUUGCCUUCCCUGCGACGUCAUCACAAAGUCCCUAAUCUACAAAACGAUAGCCGGCCUGCUACCCAAUGACCUGGAGGUUUGCCGGGCAUGUGCUCUUCUCGUCUUCUUCCUCGAACGCACUGUCGAGGCCUACAAGAUGGUGUACCUUCUUUACAUGCAUCCUGAUCAGGAGUACCACGUGGAGUACAGCCCCAUCAGAAAUCACGUUCGCUUUGAAACCCUGCAGGUCUUGAAGAAGGACUUGUAUUUUGACCCAGAGUUUUGGAACCUCAUUGCUUUGCGGACCAACUGUUUGAAGCUGAUGAGUGAGAAGGUGGUCAGUGGGGCCCUAGAAGAAAUCAUGGAGGACAAAUGGAUCCCGAGCUACUGCACCAAAGAAGCUGCUUCCCGAUUAAGCACGGCAGCAUGUCAGAAAGGAAGUAAGGAGACGGCAGCUAAAAAGCGGCACCAUAAAGAGGACAGACAUCAUAAAAAGGAUACUGACACUGCAUCCAAGAGAUUAAAGAUGGGUCCAGGCAAAACGCGGCCUAAUGUUGACCACACUGUAAAGAAGAAAGGCAACCGAGGGUCAUCAUCAUCAGCUGAACCUUUGAGGCGUUCAUUUUGGCAGCUAGACAGGCUACAGGACAAUGUAGCCGUUAGGCAUGGGGAACUUAAACGCACGACACGACUCUCGGAGAAGAACCCACCGAAACGGAGGAUUAGAAAACCCAAGUGGCUUCUGGAGGACUCAGGAAAUCUUGGAGAGAAUAAUGUUCUUCCGAAGAUGAAAAAGCAUGGGUUGAAACAUCAAAAGCACCACGGAUCCUCUGUCGUAAAGAGGUCUGAAACGGGUGAGCUUAAGAACAAUGCAAAACACAAACCUUCAGUAAACUCUCAUUUAAUGGCAAGGAAAAACAACCGCAAGCACCAGAAAGGGUUUUUGCUGGGCCCUCUAAAACCAGCCACCCCGCCACAAGUAAUUCUUGAGCUCUCCCUACCAGACAAUGAACUGAUGGGAACGUUUACCGAGGACACUUUGAACAGACAGAGAGGUUUACCUCAAGUGCUUCUUUACAGACCUACGGUGAAGGUUCCUGCCGCAUCACAACCCGUGAAGACUGUGCAGCGCAAAGAGGUGAUUCUUAGAGCGCGGGAUGCAGCUAUGUUUGUACAACAGUUGCACUGUUAUGCUCGGCGGCAGAAAGGAAAAGGUAAUAGGCUGAACGUUCAAGGCUCGGUAUCAACAAUCACACGCUCCUCUGUGCAAGGAAGUCCUCCAAAAGAUCCACACAGAAAGCUCUGUAAAAAGCCUGCCGCUGAGAUGAAAGGUGGAAUUACCUCUCGGACACCGGCAGCUGAAGUUACACAAUCCCCAGCUUUAGAAACAGUCCUUCAAGUUCAAACUAAAAAAACUGUCUCACGAAAGACAUUUUCAGGCGGAGAGCUCUCCAAACAGUCUGCUGCAGAGAUGGAAGCUACCAGUGCGUCAAAGACAUUAGCAGCAACUGAAGCUUCAGCAGAAAAACUCUGUGAAGAGUCUGCUGUUGAGAUGAAAGUCAUUAUUGCCUCAAAAGCGGCUAAAGUGACUCAAUCCCCAGGUUUAGAUAAGGUCUCCAAAGAUCAAACCGUUAAAGACACUUCAAAAACCACAACUUCAGCUGCGGACAACAGUCAGAUGGUAGUUACUGAUAACAUCCCUCCAGUCUCAAUUAUGGCCAACAUUUCAAACGUUGGAUCUUUUGAGCCCACAUCCUCGCAGUCUCAAGAUGUUCUUAGAGAUAGAAAACAAGAUCUGAAGUCACUCUCUUCUCAGGCUGAAACAGGCAGAAAUUUUGUAGCCCAAGAUAAAGCAGACAUCCCAGAAGUGCUCAACAUUUCUGAGGUGGACGUCACAGAUGUUUUCCCCAAACUCUCAAAAGGAUAUAUGCCUUGUGAAAAUGACCCAAGCGGAGGAACAGUGGUCACUACUAAUACACCUACAGAUCAGGACAGUAUAAAUAACAUAUCUGCUCUGACAUUAGUAACAGAAAUGGUUACUGAACUUGCACCUGCGGCAGUUGAUCUGGAGAAUCACAAACGGCCGGCUCCAGAGGACAGUUCCUCCAAGGAGUCAACAGCUGGAAGUAAGUCAACAACUGCAAGUAAGUCAAGAGCUGGAAGGAAAUCUACAGCUGGAAAUUCCUCGCAAGUUCCUCACAGAUUGCGCACUGCAUCCAGCUGCUCUGUAGUUGCUGAUGUGCAAGGGAAGGAAGAGGGAACUCAGGAUAUUGGUCCAGAAACACCUGAGAACAGUAAACUACUAGAAUCUGAGGAAUCCAAGUUGGAGUACUGUUGUACAUUCUGUAACAAGGUCUUUAAGGGAAGUCGGGUUGUGGCACAUGCUAUGUUCCAUUAUCGUAAAGAUGAGUGCAUGUUCUGUAGGACGAUGUUCAAAGAUGACCUCCUGGCCAUGAUGCACCUUUCUGACCAUAUUGAGAAGCUAAAGAGGAGCAAAGAGUCAGCUGGUAAUACCCAAGAAAACUGGGUCUCUGAGACCAAAGAUAUCGCCACACCUAAGACCUCUGCCAAAGCUAAGACCACAAACGUGUCUUCUGGGGGCCGUAGCAGUGGGAGAACAAGGCAGCCUGCUACUGACGGUCUUAAAUUAAUAAGCCUUCCAGAUUCAACACCAUCUGGCUCCAGAAAGUUAAGAUCCAAUGACAAGCCAGUGGAUCGUCAAUCUUUACAUGAAAAGAAACAAAACGUGUCAAAGCACCUUAAUAAUAAAUCUCCUGUUCACAAGGUAAAUGGGCAUAUUGGCAAGAAGAAAAGGCUCGGCAGACCGAAAAAGGACACCGUGAACUCGGAAGCUAAGCAGCCACUUGCACAGGAGGAGCUCUCUCAAGUAAGAUCAAAUGAUGAAGCUGAGAAUCCCAGGUUGCAAAAAAAAACAGAUAUAGAGAUGGAUUCCUCUGCAACAUCAGUACAUGUAGACAAAACGUUGGGCUGUUUCACUGAAGAUAAAAUGAAGGAGACCAAAUCUCUGCAGGUCCUGAAGACGGCCACGAAACACAGUGGGAAAGUUGUCGAGGAGAAAAAUGUAGAGCCACAAGAGAGAGUCUGCUGUCCUGUGGAGGGUUGCGCUUGGAUUACAGACCUGUCGAAAAACCGCGUUGCACUCCUCUACCAUGCUCUUGAAGAUCACUACGGCGAAGUCAAACCUUUAGAACUGGCGUUCCGUGUGGGAAACAGCAAAUGUAGUAGUUGCAUGAGGGUUAUGUGGAGUUUCGAUCAUUUUCAGCACCACGUUGAAAGACACAGACUCACUCCGCGGCAUCCCUGCCUUCAUCAGGGUUGUACUGCCCGGUUCAAAACUGGAAUGGAAAUGAGACGCCACGCCAGGAGGCACAGUCCGCUGCAGGCAGUGUGCUGCCGCCCUGGUUGUUCUCAACUAUUUAUUUGUCUCUGGGCACUGAACCUCCAUGAAAGAGAGCACUAUGCUUCCCAACCCACUAAACCAGACAAGAACACAAAUCGGCAAACGGGUGACAAACAUGAUAACACGCCAGGUGCUAAGAAACAACCGGAUCAUAGGCCGCAAGAUGCAACUGCUACCACUACUGUAAAUAAGAGCGUGAGUGUAAAGGCUGCUCAUAAAUUAAGAGAAGAAGCGUUGCAUAACUCGUCAACUGGGAAACCUGUUCAGGCUCCUUCUCCCACCACUGUCAGUGGAUCACUUCUGUUGAAAGAGAGAAAUGCGACCAAGGAUUCACACGUCUUAAAGAAUCUUUCUAACAAGGACACCUCCACACAGCCCACUGGCCCUAAUCUGAGAUUAAGGCAAACGUUAAGAAAAGAUAAAGUAACAAAUACAACGGAAAGUCACAAAGUCAUCUCAUCGUCGUUGUUAAAACACAAUAUCAAAGUAAGGCAUAAGUUGAAGAAAAAACAGGUCAAAGUAAACACCAAAGGUCCUAAGAGAAGAGGGCGUCCUCCUAAGUCAAAGGAAGCUGUGCACGAUGAAAACACUACUACUGGUCAAAACAAUCCAGCGGUCAUAGACAAAACGGCUCCACUUGCGAGCCCCACUAAAGCAGCAGAGACCUCGAAUGUGAGCAACGAGUCAAAAGAAGAAGAAAAGAGCCAGCCGGUCCAAGAUGGAGUCAAAAGUACGGAAACGUCAAUCAGUGAAUCAAAGUCUAAGAAAUCAACGAUCAAGCAGAUGAAGAAGAAAUUUGUCAAACAAAAGGGCAUUUCUCAUACCUCCACAGCUAUUGUGACCGCUAACAGCUUAAAUCAAUCAAUCAGCACCACCUCAGCAGACAACACACACAAGUCGACAGCUGACAAAAUGAAGAAGCUGCAUAAAGUGAAAAAACGCUCCGCUCCUAAAGAGAACAGCAGUCAGACUGCUUCUUCAGACUCCAGCAAGUCAAAAAAGCACAAGGUUACAAAUGGCAAAGCCACCGCAAAGAUUGUUAAGAAAAAAUGUCCCCUCAAAGAACCAGAAUCUGUCUGGAAAAAGCCUGCCAAGUCCAUAUCUGAUGUCCAGCAAGUUGAGGCCAAAGCAUCAGCGGGAGCAGAAAGUUGUGCUGAUGAGGAGGGAAAAGUGAACACAGAAAACACAGACUCAACACAAAGCCGCUCUGGUAAAUCUGUGUGUGCUGUCCCGGCUAACAGUUUAAAUGUGACACCACGCACCACCUCGGAGAAAACGCAGAAGGUAACAAAAGAAGAAAAAUUGAAGAAAUCACAUGUGAAAAAAGAAGGAAAGAAAGAAAAGAGUAGUCAUAGUGCUUCUUCAGACUCGGGCAAGACUAAUAAGAAGAACAAAUAUAUCAAUAAAAAAGGGGACAUGAAAACGCUCAAGGAAAGGCGGCCGUGUAAAGAUGCAAGCACAACCUCUGCCUUGAAAAAGAAAGCCAAGUCUAAAUCAGUAGAGCAACAGGUUGAGGCUAAAGCAGCAGCAAAAGAAAGCUCGCCUGACGUGGAAGGAAAAGCAAAAGAAGGACCAACGGAUGCAACGCAUGACGGCUCUGGCUCUAUCACCCCUGCCGCCAAAUCCGAGAAACCUCACGUCGCGAAAAUCUCAGACACCAGCAAGGCAAAUAAGAAGCGCAAGCAUGUUCAUAAAGAAGGUGACACAAAGAUUGUCAGGAAGAAAUGCAAAGGCCAGGGUGCUUCAUCAGCAUCUAGGAAGCCUGCAAAGUCCCAAACUAAAAUCCAACCGCUCGCUGAGGGGAAAGCCGAGGCAGUGGGGAGCGCUGUGGGCGAGGAGGGAGAAACUUUAGAGGAAACGCCACAUUCUACAAUUAGCAGGGCUGGUUACGCUGUAGUGACGAACGGACAAGCGACAAGAGAGGAUGUUGAAUCUACAGUGUUUAAGAGCGCUCUGGAAGAGUAUAGUAAGAGGCCAUUCAUGCGCCUGCCGCCUACAGCGUACUUGGAUGAGAAGUACAUUACCAUGCCAAAACGAAGGAAGGCGCUGUCGUUUUUCCAGUCGUCUCCGAGAAGCCCCCCCUCUCCUCAGCAGACCUACGUUGCGACGGCUCGGCAGAGACAACGAUGCGCCAACUGUUUUGCUACUUUCAACAGUGCCGAGGAUCUACAGAGUCAUCUCCAACUGCAGAAGUGCUCAAACAUCUUUGGAUUUGACUCUGAUGACGAGGGCAACAGUUGAACAUGUCUAAUAAAGUCUAAGUGAAUUGACAUUUUGGAUGCGUAAUACACUGACCUGCGUGGAGCCCACCGGAGGAAUCCUAACUCGACAGAUCAAUGCUCGCUGGAUGACUUGUUCAUUGCUGUGGGCAACGACUCGGGCAUCUGGAGCCUGAGAACUGAAAAGGGAUACCUGACUUUGACUGCAGCACGUGCCUGUAGGAGCGGUCAGGACACACGAAACAGCCGAUCGACAAAAGACAACUGAACUGAAUCCCAGUCAGACCGUUGGCAGAACAGCUAGUACUGAAGUGCCUGCUCUGGAAGCGCCGUGCCGUUUCCAGCUGCUUCACCUGGUAUGGAGAUUAAGAACUGUGGCUUAAAGACUGGACUCUUGAAAGCUGUGAAAAAAAAAACACUCGAGCCAGACGACAAGGCUGCUCCUGCUAUCACUAGGAUACAUAUUUUUUCACAUCAGUAAGCCAUAUAUUGCCAUUAUUUGCUUUUUGCACUGUUCUCAUACGAUUUAUCAAUUUCUUUCUGCUUAAACUCUCCAAGUGACGGGGAUUGUGAAAUGAAUGAAGCAUCUUACAAGUCAUGCUAUUUUAACAUCCUGAGGUUGCAUAUACUUUUCUUACAUUUGCAAAGUUGCAAGAUUGCUGUAUCAGAGUCUUCUUUGGGAAAAUAUUAUGUCUAACUCUUGUUUAAAUACUAAUUGUAUUUCUUAUAUCCCUAUGGGGUUGAUUAUGUACGUGCUUGUCCUCACCAUGAGUAACCAGUAGGGGGCAGUGUGCACCAAUCUAUUUAGGUUAACAGAUUUUUUUUUUUUUUUUUUUUCCCUCUUGCAAAACAUAAGAUAUUAUUUUCUCUGUUUUGCAACAGAAGGAUUUCUACAUACAAAGCUGCUCCACUGUAUUUUAUCACUGGAUGGACUCAAGAAAUGGCUUCACUUCCUGCUACCCACCACAAAAUGUGCCAGUAUCCCGCUGAUAUUUUGCUGGGUUCUGUCACUGAUCAUGUUCUGUUAAUUAUUUGCUGUCAGUGGAGCAGCUGACAUCCUUGCUUAUAUUUUCUCACUUAAAACAUAGAUUUUAUCUACUGAACUGUCCAAGACCAUAGAAACAUUGUGAUUUCUCUUUUAGGUUGAAUGUUCUUUCCUUCAAAGAGAAAGUCAUAAACAACCACAGUUUCUAAGUGUUACCAGGAGACCUCAUCAAGUCUUUCAUGAUCAGCGGCAGGUUAUAUUUAUUUAAGUUUUUUUUUUUUAAUCUUUUUGUAAAUAUAUGAAGAGUUUCAGUGGCUUAUUAUAAAAGGGGAUGUUGGAGCUGGGUUUAUAUUUUGUUCUUGAAGUAAAAAAUAAAACUUCUUUCGAAUGGCA